CUGCCCGCGUAAUCGCAAGACUACACGCAUCGUUGCGGACGGCUCGCGCCUUUGGGCAGGCGUUUGCCGGUCCGUCGCUCGCCCGCUCGACUGCCAGGAACCCUCCUCCUGCUCUCAACCUCCUAGAACCUUUUGAUAUACACCAGAAGCUGUUAAGAUGGCGUGCAUUAAGCAGCUGGCAGGUAUAAGGACGCGCGUUCCAUAUGCACAACCCUGUAUUCAUACGCCAGGCAAGCAAGCACCUACCACAUUCUCAAGGAUCACCUGCAAGGUUGCUAAAACAAAUGAGGCCCUGUCUACGGAGGAAGAGCUUCAGCGGCUGCGUCACGAGAAUGAGUUAUUGCGAAAACAGCUUGCGCUGUAUCAGCAGGCCACUGGGCAUGCCUUGCCGCUCCCGCCCGCCCUGGCCGCUGCCCCCGCUCCACCGCCUUCCCCAUCAGCUGCUGCAACAGCAGCUGAGGAGCAGGCGCUGGCGCCCCAGCCGCCUCCUUUGGAGCACCCCCGCCACACCGACCCCCUGUCCGACCCCGACAUCCGCUGGCCCGCCGGCCCACCCACCGAGCCGCGCUUCUGGGAGCGACCCGCCCGCACCCGCCCC